UAAAUAUUAUUUCAAUAAAUUACGUGUAUAAUAUAACGAAGAUAUAUUUUGUAUUUUUGUUUUGUUUUUGAUUCGUAUCAGUUGUACCAACACCAUGGUGGUGACCAAUAAGAACGGAGAAACAAAUUCAGAUUUCAUUAUAAAAGAUAACAUAUUGAUAGGCAAACAUGAACCCUUAACCACGGAAUACAAGGGCAUCGGAAAAUUACUUUUAGAUAGAAUGAAAGAAAAACCUGAAUCUAUUGGCCAGUUCGACAUUAUUACGGGAGCGACAUAUACCUUUGCCGAAAUGUAUGAUCUUACAGUAAAAUGUGCAUUAUGGUUACGUCAACAAGGAAUUCAAAAAAACGACGUAGUUGCAUUGUGCAGCCCAAAUAUUAUGGACAGUUUUGCACCAUUCUUUGCUACAUUUUGCGUAGGUGCAAUAUUUACACCAUGGAAUCCGGCAAUGGACAUACGAGAGGCACGUUACUUCAUGAAAUUGUCAGGUGCGAAAAUAGUAUUUGCUGACGAAAGUUCAGUUAACACGAUAAAACAAGCAGCCGAUUCUGAUAAAAAUGACAUCACAAUUGUCGUAUUUGGUGAAAAUUUGAAAGCAAUACCAUUUUCCAAAAUAGUUGAUGGCCAUAAGAAAUUUGACAUAGAUAAUUUUCACUGUACUACGAUUGAUGAUAAUCAUGACACCGCAAUGAUUCUUUAUUCGUCAGGAACAACUGGUCCUUCCAAAGGUGUACAAUUAUCGCAUUUUGUAUUUUUGUAUCAUCUAUUGAAUCCUGGUGGUUUGACCACCGAUGGAUUACCAUUAUGGUUGUCUUCAUAUUUUUGGAUAAGUGGAGUAUUAUUAACUUUAAAUUGUCUAGUAAAUCAUUGUAAAAGAUUCCUUUAUCCAACAUUUGAAGAAGAGAUGACCUGUAAAAUCAUCGAAAAGUACAAGAUCUCAUGGUUAUUUUUAUCACCGAGUAUGAUUAACAGAAUAUUAAAUUCAGGAUAUUUUAAAAAAUAUGAUAUGUCAAGUGUUACCAACAUAUUUCUUGGUGGUGCUAAAUUUAGUGAAAAUAGUCAAAAUAAACUUAAAGAAUGUUUACCAAAUGCCAAUACAGUACAAAUGUAUGGAAUGACCGAACUUGGUGGAAUUUUAACAGCACAACAUCCCCAUCACAAAGCUGGUACCGUAGGAACGGUACUUAAAAAUUGUCAAAUUAAAAUAAUCGAUUUGGAAACUGGAGUAGCAUUGGGACCAAAUAAAAGCGGCGAACUUUUAGCUAAAUCCAUUACAAUAACUAAUGGUUAUUACAACAAUCCAAAAGCAACUAAAGAAACUAUUGAUGAAGAUGGAUGGUUACAUACAGGUGAUCUAGCUUAUUAUGACGAUGAUGGGGAAAUAGUUAUAAUAGAUAGAUUAAAGGAAACUAUUAAAUAUCGUGGAGUUCAAAUUUCUCCAUGUGAAAUAGAAAAUCUUUUAGAAACUUAUAAAGAUGUUGUGGAAGUUGCUGUUAUCGGUGUUCCACAUCUUCAAGAUGACGAACAUCCUCUUGCUUUUGUAACAACAGUUCCCGGUUCUAAGGUAACUGAACGAGAUUUGCAAGAUUUUGUUGAGAAGAAUAUGACCGAUAUUUAUUAUUUACGUGAUGGAGUUAAAUUUUUAGACAAAAUGCCACAUACACCAUCGGGAAAAAUAUCAAGGAAAGAUCUCAAAGCAAUGGUUAAAGGAUAUUAAAAGAAAAGAACUAAAUUAUCAUUUAUGUUCUUUUUUUUCUAUUUGAAAAAUUUGUUAUUUAGUUGUUAUGUAGUCGGUGAUAGGUUAUACUUAUUCAAAUGUUUUUAUCCUUAUUUAUAUAUUUUUACAUUCGGUAUUAAUAAGAUUUUAAUUUAUAAAAAUAGGAUUUUCCUUUUAAAAAAACAAUUAAUGUUUAAAUGGAUGAGAUAAGUUCUUGUCUGUGUUUUUUUUUUCCUUGUAUUACGAAAUCAAUUAUGUGAAUAACGUGUAUAAAUUUUUUACAGUAUUUAACGAUAUAUAUAUACAUAAUGUAUAUUUAAUUGAAAAACAAAA